ACCUGCAGUAUCUCCACUUGUAUUAAACUGGAAUUUGAAGUUCCCCUUGUCACAGGCCCAAAGCUGCCCGCCCCACAGCUGAGUGCGGUCUCGGAGGAAGAUGUCAUUCAGCUCCCACAAUCCGUGGACUACUCGCUGAGAACCGGGGACAAGGUGCUGGCACCCUGGGAGCCAGACCAACAGCACUACGGCCCUGGCACUGUUUUGCUGGGCUUGGAGAUGACUGACUCCAUGAGAGCAUCAGAGGAAGAAGAAAUCACUGUUCAUUUCUGGAAUGGCCUGACAGCUAAGGUGCCUCAAGGUGGGGUCCGGUGGGUGCCCCCAGCUGUCUGGAGGAAGGCUGUGGAAAGGCUGCACAAGCCUGUCCCCAGGGAGCACCUCCGGCCCCUCCUCUGGGCCCCAUGCUGCUCUCUGCUGGGGCUGGUUGCUGGAUGCAUCACCAGCGGGCUUCCUGCGGGCAUGCAGUUCCUGUGCCCUCCCUGCCACCCCCGCGCCUGCUGCCCUCUGCUGUGCCAGGGCUGCCUCUGCUGCUCCCCCUUGGGUGGCCCCACCUGGUGGCCCAUAACCAGGACCUCCAAGAUCUCAGCUAGAGAGCUUGCUGAGUUCGAGCUGAAGUCCACAGGCCAGCUUUUGCCCCUGGAGGGUUCCACAGAGAAGGCGGCAGCAGUGCAGGCUCCAGUGGCUGUGUCUUCCUCCUCCUCCUCCACUGAAGAGGAAGAUCUGGACACUGAUCUGGACAGGGGCCUUCCCCAGACCCUGAUGGUGAACUGUGCAGUCCACACAGAACCCAUCUUCCUUGAGAAGUCUCGGAGGCAGGCUGCCCUUGGGCAGCCCGAGUGGAGGUACUGGAGGAGAAACGGACCCCAGCCAUGGCCCGGGAAGCCAGGAACAAGAUCUUGCACCAUCUGAAAGGAAGAGAAGGACACUAAGCAGGAGAAAGUGCCACCUGCAGUAAUGGGGACUGCUACAGAGCUGGCCCUGAGAGCCAGCAACGUGAAACUACCACAGACCCUGCCGGAGGAAGCUGGACGCCGAAGGCUGAGUACAGGAACAUAUCAUAGGGACAAGAACUCACCCUAUACAAAGCUCGGAGGAUCUAGGAGGAGAAAGAGCACAGGCUACAAGUGCAGCAGCUGCACCCCAUGAAGACUUCCCUGCAGACAAGCAGCCAGAAGGCACCUGUCGUGAGGGGCAUGGGAGUAUGGCGGCCCCACCCCAGGGCGCUCUGCCACAGGGAGCUGACGAUUCUGCAUGAGGAUGCCCCAUUCAUGGCUACGACAGAGUGUGGUCAGUCUGCUUGGGGCAGAUGUGUCCACAGCCUCUCUGCCAUCUUCUCAUGAAGCCUACAGUUACAUGUGGGUGACAAUGUGUUGUACCUGUAAAUGCAAAUACAAAUGAAUUCAUUUCAAAAAAAAAAAAAAAGGUGCUCCCUUCCUAUUCCACCAUCUUGCCUGCCAGUAUUUGACAUGUAUAUAUUACCUUAAUAAAGACUGAGGUGCCAAGUGGAGGUAUACUUCGAAUUUUUCCAGAAGGUAAGCCCAGUUUGCUGACAUUGAACCCAAAUUUGCUAGACUUCUGUUCUUCUGGUCUGACCCUCGCAACCCUCAUGAAGUACCUGGUUGAACUUUUAACACAGAAUUAUUCUUAGGUGUUUAAAGUUAACUGAAAAUUGAUCUCUUUUAGAAAAAGAGCGUGAAUAGGAGAGGGAGAAGAUAUACAGUUCAGCUCAUGUUCCCUUGGACUUACCCCUGAGCGUGAGGCUAAAAGCUUGCCAUGGGACUCCAAAUCCCAUUAAGUUGGCAGGUACCAAUGCCAUCUUACUAGUUAAAGUGAUCAGUUUAAGUGCAUAAUUGAUCAUAAAGAUAGGAUUAAAUGUUAUAGAGUCACAUAAAUAAGACCAAGUGCCUGCUAAUAAUUGAUAGAACUAAAAAGGAAAGAAUGAUCCAACAUGGGAAGCAGGUCACACAGCAGACUCAUAAAAUGACAAAUGCCCUUAAGAGCACUCAGGCCUCAGAAUCAGCCCUUAAGGCAUUCAGAUCUGGCUAAAAAACCCAUGAGAACAUUUCAGGCCUGGAAAGCCAAGACACUGUGGCAAAAAAUGACCUACAUGAAAGAUUUCUGUGAGUGAGAUCCCAAUGGAAAGAAGGACCAUCAAAGAAGGAGGUACCUUUUUCUGAAGGGAGGAGAGAACUUCUUUGAUCAUGGCCUUAUCUAAAUACUGAUGGAAUUUGUGGACCCAAAAGGCUUCCAUAGCCUUCGUAGCUCAUGACAAGAGCAAGCCCCAGGUGAUCACUGACAUCAUAAAUAAGUGUACCAAUUAUUAAAUCAACAACAGGAGUCACUGUGCACUUGCUCCCCAAGUAGGACCUUUGUACUAUGAAAAUUAACAGCAAAACUAGUCUUCAAAUAGUACUUUAUACUUUGUCUGUGUGGGUGCAAACUGUUGAAAUCUUUAGUGUAGAGUUGAUCUGUUAGAAAGAUAAUUAAAAAUGAAUCUUAAUGAAGAACAGGAUGAGAGAGGGAGUAGAUAGUGGGAUGGAUUGGGGCUGGGAAAGCAGGUAUGGGACAAAGAACUGCUAUAAUCCAAAUGUUGCACUUAUGAAAGUUAUAUUUAUUAAAUAAAAGCUUUCUAUAAAAAAGUAGAUACAAAGGAUUAAAAAAUAAGAUAUUAUUCUAUGCCCCUCAGCAUCCCUUAGGAUUAAGUUCUGGAAUCUGAAUUGUUAAUGAUAUAAGCAGGCAAAUAUGAUCAAAUUGAUUAGAUUUGUGAGCUCGAAGACCAUUCCCUCCACCAUGCUCCUAUUGGACCUCAUCUAUAUACCCACCUGCUAAUCAUACUAGGUAAUCACUCCCCUUUGGGAGUAAAUAAAAGGCCUGGACCACAAUGGGUCCUUCCCUUGUUACACCUGGCAUCUGCCCUGCCUCUACUUUCCUGACUGCAUGCUUGCUCCAUAUGGCACCUGGCCUGCUCUCCGAUAUGGACCCAACUUAGCUUCUAGACUUUUUUCUCCCUUAAUUAAAGCCCUGACUUUCCUGUGCAUUCCUCACUGAAUAAAAUCCUUAAAAACUUAAAAGUUAAAGUGAUAAUUUUUAUAUCUUAUGAAAAGUUAAAAAUAAUUUUAAAAAAGAGUGAGCAGGUAUUUAGUCUAGCAUUUGAUACUCAUAUCCCACAUUAGAGUUCCUGGGCUCAAUUCCUGGCUCCAGCUUCCUGUCAAUGUAGACCCAAGAAGCACCAGUGAGUCUCAGAUAACUGGGUUCUCACCUCCCAUAUGGUAGGUCUGGGUUGCAUGUUGCGUUUCAGGCUACUGGAUCAAGCCCCAGUCAUUAUAGGUAUCUGAGGAGUGAACUAGUAAAUAGGAGUGCACUUGCAUUCACUUCAUCCACCCAACACACACCUCUCAAGUAGAAAAUGUAAAUUCAACUCACUCUGGAUUAUCAAAAGCAGAGCAUCUAAUAGUAGACUCCAGAACUGCUUCAACAGAUCUGUAUGUAAACUUAUGAAAACUUAAGCAUGAGUGAUGCUGUUCUACAACACAGUACUUAAAUAGGCUCUCCAACACAAGGACCCACGUGCUAAUGCAUGUGCUAGACCAUACACGGUAACUUAAUGAAGGUUCUAUUUAAGGUAGAAAUGAUAGGAGAGCAGUGUGAGUGAAAAGAAAGGGCAGUGAGUUUAGGUAAUACUUCAGAGAAAGCAUCUAUGAAUGGAAAGAGAUCGUAUGCUCGCAAGCUGGCAAAGCAGGCUCAUGGGAGAGGUUGUUUCUAAGAACUUUUGUUUUCUGUUAAGAAAAAACCCUGAGGCCAGCAUUGUGGCACAGCAGUUUCAGCCACCAUCUGAAGUACUGGCAACCCAAAUGGGCAUUGGUUCAAGUCCUGGCUGCUCUGCUUCCAGCCCAGCUCCCUGCUAAUGUGUUUGGGAAACCAGCAGAGAGGAUGGCUGAAGUCCUUGGGCCCCUAUACAUGCAUAGGAGACCUAGAAGCAGCUCUUGGCUACUGCCUUCAGCCUGGCCCAGCCCUGGCCAUUGUAGACAUUUGGGAAGUGAAUCAGCAGAUGAAAUCUUCAUCCCCCCCUUCACACACACACACACACACACACACACACACACACCCUCUCCCUCUGCUUUUAAUUCUGCCUUUCAAAUAAUAUCUUUAAAAAAAAGAUGGAAAAACCUUGGGCAUGUUGAAGUGCUAAUGGGAAGGAUUUGACUAAGAUGGAGAAGCUGAA